GCGGACAUUAUGAACUUGGGCUGCUCUUUUCACUUCCUGUUUUGUCUUGAGCUCGCCGCUCCAAAGUGUCUCAAGCGUCCCGAAGCGGACGCCACCGCCGGACCGGACCACCAAACUGGUCCAGCGACUCCGGGCUGAGUCCACAUGUGUGUGCCAGCUCAGAGCGCCGUGGUGUCGGUCCUGGUCCAGAUGGAUUUCCCUGGGACUUUGAGUCGUCCACAAGCUAAUGCUAAUGAGCUAAAAGUGCUUUCUAUGAUGUUUGCCGGCGGUGCCUUGUGGUCCACUCAAGUGUCCUCCAGGACGGACUGUAGUCCGUUCAGACCGGGUCCCAAUCAAGUCCUGGUCCUGCUCGGGUCGAGUCCAGUGAGUUGGAGUGCUUGAUAGAAAGUUUUUUUUUUUUUCAACUUGAUGGCUGACCCCCCGCACAGAACUCCAACCUCAUUGUGCUGCUGCCGGAAGUCCCCGUCCGCCGGUGGGCGCUGUGUCGGGGACACCGGGGCGGCAAGGCGGGCCCGGGGGUCUCAGCGGUGCCCGCCGGUGGACGUGGCGUCAGCUUCCAACUUUGGGCGCUUCCAGCUGCGCCACUUCCACUUGGACCUGCGCCUCAACUUUGCCAUGAAGGAGAUGAGCGGCUGGCUGGUCCUGGACCUGGUGCCGCUCCAACCGGGGAUCCACACCCUGGUCCUGGACUCCCACCCCUCCUUGCUCAUCCACGCCAUAGACUGCAAGCUCCCCGCCUCCCCGCAGGAGGAGCCGGCCUCCCUCACCUACCGCGUCGACCCCUUCGCCGAGUAUGGCUCCGCUCUCAACAUCGGCCUGCCCGACGCCGCCCUCAAGGCGGGAACGCUGCUCCAAGUCACGGUCCGCUACACCACCACCGACGGCCCGGCGAUCUGGUGGUUGGACUCGGAGCUGACUUGCGGCCAAGGCGGUCCUCUGGUUUUCACCCAAGGCCACUCGGUGUGCAACCGUUCCUUCUUCCCGUGUUUCGACACUCCGGCGGUGAAAAGCACGUACACGGCGUCCAUCAGGGUGCCGGAGGGCGUGACGGUGCUGAUGAGCGCCUGCCGGAGCUCCUACUCGAAACAGGACCGGGUCUUCCAGUUCUCCAUGGACUUCCCGGUGCCGUCCUACUUGGUGGCGCUGGUGGCGGGCGAGCUACAGCACGUAGACGUCGGUCCCAGGAGCCGCGUGUGGGCGGAGCCGUGCCUGCUGUCCUGUGCCGUGAAGAAGCUAGGGGGCAGCGUGGAGCGCUGGCUGGGCGUGGCCGAGGAUCUGUUUGGAGCCUACCUGUGGGGCAGGUGCGACAUCGUCUUCCUGCCCCCCUCCUUCCCCAUCGUCGCCAUGGAGAACCCCUGUCUCACCUUCAUCAUCGCCUCCAUCCUCGAGAGCCGGGACUUCCUGCUGAUCGACGUCGUCCAUGAGAUCGCGCACGGCUGGUUCGGUAACGCCGUCACCAACGCCACCUGGGAGGAGAUGUGGCUCAGCGAGGGUCUCGCCACAUAUGCCCAGCGCAGGAUCACCGCAGAGGCCUGCGGCGAGGCGUUCACGUGUCUGGAGAGCGUGGUUCGAUUGGACGCUCUGCACAGACAGCUGCGUCUCCUUGGAGACAACAACCCCGUGAGCAGGCUGCAGGUCAAGUUGGAGCCAGGUGUGAACCCCAGCACCUUGAUGAAUCUCUUUACCUACGAGAAAGGUUUUUGUUUCGUGUCCUACUUGUCAAAGCUGUGUGGAGAUGUCAGACGCUUCGACUGCUUCCUUCGGGACUACAUCUCGGAGUUCAAGUUUCAGAGUGUCCUGGCUCAGGACCUCAUCGACUACUUCCUGGAUUAUUUUCCCGACGUCACGCAAGUCGAAGGUGCGUUUAGAGACUGUGCGGCGAACCGCUUCCCGCUGUUUUUUUCCCGUGACAUCACUUCCUGUCCCGGCUCUCCAGGUCUGAAUUUCCAGCGCUGGCUGAACGGCUGCGGUCCGCCGCCUUACGAGCCCGACCUGUCAGCAGGGGGCGCUCUGACGGGGCCGGUGCAGGACUUGUGCCGCCUGUGGACCAGCGGGGACGACCUGGAACUGCAGGCUCUAGCCACCUUUGACCUUUCAACCUGGUCCACCUUCCAGAUCGUCCUCUUCCUGGACCGCAUGUUGGACCACGCCCCUUUGUUGCCUGAGGUGAUGUCCAGGCUGUCCAAUCGUUACGCGCUGCUCUUCGACGGCCUUAACGCGGAGGUUCAGGUUCGCUGGCUGCAGACGGUCGUCCGUAGUGUUUUCUAUCCUGACCUGCCGCGACUUCGAGCCUUCCUGCGCAAACACACGUCCAGGAUGUACACAGUGCCGCUGUACGAGGAGCUGGCGGGCGGACCCAUGAAGGGCGUCGCCGUGGAGAUCUUCCAGCAGACGCAGAGGCGCCUGCACCCCAACCUGCGGCGCUCCUUACAGCAGCUCCUCUUCCAGGGCGCCUCGGCCCCGCCCGCUCAGAACGGCCCCGCCCUCGCCGUCACCUCGUUACGGGACGUCAACGUGUCGGCGUGACGCUGACAGACACGUCACUUACCUGCGUUGUGGCAACUACCAGCACCUCAAAGAUGACCUUUUUUAAAAACAUUUUAUUAUUAAUGAGGACCCACUUCGGGUGAUGAUGAUGCCUUCACUGUAGCUGGGACAUGACAGUGUCAAUGGUGCUCUACUUGAAAUGAUGCAAUCAGCCCACAUGACUGUUAGCAAAAAAGUUUUUUUCAAUCACUGAUCAAUAACAGUGAAUUAACUCAUGUUCUCACAUAUUGAUUGAUUUUGGUCGAUCGUAUUUUUGCCUUCAAGUGCUUGUUCUCUUUGCAAUUUGCAAUGCUAAACUAAGCUAGGCGAGCAGUGCUAAGCUAGGCUUUUUUUUUCAAACUUUAUUUAAGUAAUAUAGUACGGAUUUUUUAACAACCAGAAAAAUACAAAUAAACCUGUCUGUUAAAUGUUUUCAAACUAA